AUGGAGAGGCGAAAGAUUACCAUAACCCGUGUAGAAAUUUUCUUCGGUAUUAUCCAUCGCCGCUUUGAUUUCCUUUCCUUCCACAGCUUGCCUCAGCACUUCAAUAUCACGCUUUUCUACCACACAACCCGAAGGCAUGGUUCCAGCAGGAAUGCCGAGGGUAUUUGCCAGAUUCUGGAAUGCCAACAUUCCGGUGGUGUGGGAUGGACGCAAUGGAAGAGCUACAGCAAAACCCGCAACUGGACAGAGAAUAACAUCGAUGGACUCAGAACGGAGACUAUCCAUUACCCUAUUCCGGAAUUCUUUGAUCCGCAAGAUAUGAGAUUCAAGCUGUUCGACGCUGGAAAAACCUCUGAUAGAAUUCAAAACUGCCAGACCCACCCAAUCGCCAGUCCAAUGCAUUUUGGUUCGAAGCCACAAACGGUGGUACCAAGGUGCGAUAGAUAG